UCUCUCUCUCCCUCUCUCUCUCUCUCUCUCUUUCCCUCUCUUUCUCUCUCUCUGAUCAAAUAGGUCAAAGCAUGGGAGACACAGAGAAUGGAGGAGGAGUAGUACCAGGGUUCAAGCUUUUUGGCACAACAAUUCCAUUGCAGGGAAGAGAAGUAAUGGAGGAGAGUUCAGAGAAGAGUAGUGAAGAUACAUCAGUGGAGAAGAGGCCAGAAAAGAUAAUUCCAUGUCCAAGGUGUAAAAGCAUGGAGACCAAGUUUUGUUACUUUAAUAACUACAACGUUAACCAACCUCGGCACUUCUGUAAGGGAUGCCAAAGAUAUUGGACUGCCGGCGGGACACUUCGAAACGUACCGGUUGGAGCCGGACGGCGUAAAACCAAGCCAUCAUCAUGUCAAGUCUCAACUGAUAUGUUCCUUGAAAAUUGUAUGUUUGAUAUAGCAUCACCACCACCACCAGCAGUGAACCAGUUUGAGUUGGAAGGUGUGGUGGAGCAGUGGCGGAUGGCCACCACCAGAAGCGGUUUUCAGCAUGUUUUUCCCGGAAAGCGGCGGAGCAAUAACUCAGCAACUGGUCAAAUAUGUUGAAUUUCUCUCUCUCUCUCUCUCUUCUGUUUUUUAUUAUUAUUAUUAUUAUUAUUAUUAUUAUUAUUGCUCCAAAGGUAUUGAAAAUUUG